AUGGGUGCAUGCUCUCUCACAAACAUCAACACACUCAUUCUUAUAUCCCUUCUCAUCGUGACCACAACGUCAACCCCCGUUUCUCCCUCUCCACAGAAUGCCGCUGGGCCUCUCGGCAGCCCAGCCGGAUCAUCACCAGGCACCAUCCCCUCUGGAAAUAAUGGUGGUGGUGAUGACUCGUCGAGCGGGAGCGGGAGCGGGAGUGGCCCAACUCAAUUCGGCUCCAAUAUACGAGCUGUGAAUACUGUCAUGGCUGUGCUGUGCAGCCUCCUGACUACUAGUACAUACGCGGUGCUGAUCGGUCCUGGCUCACGGCUGCUCAGCACAAGCAAACUCCCCAUGGCCGCCAUCGAGACCAACAUCGGGAACCUCCUAUCCGCAACCUGGCCGGACAAAAGCACCUCUACCAGCACUAGACCUAGCGGGGAGUAUUGCCAGCCUUCAUCUUCAUCUUCAUCUUCAUCUUCUGAUGCUAUCCGGCUUCUAUACGCUGGUAGCAUGGAUCAAGACCAAGACCAUGAUUAUCGCGUUGGACGAGGAGUCGAGCAAUGCGCCGCUGGACCCGUGGAACGAUUCCCCACGCCGCCGCUGUGGCUGACGACAGGCUCCUCGCUAACUCGAAGCAUUGUCCAGCUCGCGGUCUGGGAGUGGAUCAGCAUCUGGAUGAUCCUGGCCAUGCUGGUAUCGACGCUGGCCUUCAACGGGUUCCUAACCAACGACUUAACACAGGAUAGCUAUCCGCGGCUGGUCAUUGUGCUCCUAUACUCGAUCGCAUUUGCCCUGCAUGCUUGGUAUGUAUGGAAGUCAUGCCGAAACUUUUUCACUGUCGUCACCGCCGGCGCGAGUUGGAGUUUGCUACACAAAGCCUCCUUCGUGUCGGUGUCUCUGCCGCAGUUGGAGCGUCGGGUCAUGCAAAAUGCAGACUCGCCGGCUUUCAAGCAGGUUGGCAAGCCCGCGUCGAGCUCGACGUAUCCGGUCGCCCCGACGCUUCUCCAGCAAGACGUAGGCGGGGAGAUAGUCGCUACGAAGGAGGAAAAGAUCACGGAUGUGCAGAAAAGUGAGGCUAGCACUGUAGCGGAUUGGCAGAAGCGGGAUAUUAAUAGCUGUGUUGAGUCUGGGAGAUUGGCGCUGGACAAUAUUGUCGCCAAUGUGAUGACCAUGUUGGGCAUCACGAUCACGACGGGGUUCGCGGUGUGGACGAGCAGAGCGGAUUCAACCUCGGAGAGCUCGCAGUUGGGUUCCCUUGCUCUCCUCGCUUCUCUGACCCUGGGGACCGGCGCCAUGUUCACCAGUACCAUCCAUCUCAGCGUCAUGAAUUCGGCCUUCCGGAACGUGUUGUUUCUGAAAGAACUCAUGAUCAACGGCGAAUCAUCGUCGCAUGUUUCCAAACGCGCAUUGAAGAAGAGGAUACUAGGGUUUAUCCACGGCUCCAUUAGACAUGUACCGGUUGGCAUGGGCGAGUUGAUGAAGCUGUCGACUGUUGGGACAAUGAUUCUUUUUGGUCCAGCCUAUACAUUGCUUCCUACGGCUGCAGAUCAUGAACGUCAAUCUACUGGUGUUGAAUAUGAGUUUCAUGCCAGUGUAAGGGGAAAGCAGGUUAUAUUUACGACUAGCAAAACGGACCGCCACGCAGAAGCUGAUGAUUACCCUGUGGAGGCAAUUAAUGUUUUUUUUAACGACCAUAAUGCCUCGUCUGUGUCUAUGUGCGACGCCAAGAACCCCAUAUCCGUGAAGUCAGAAGGCCCUAUUUCGACGGACGUGUGA